AUGGAAAAAACCAUAGAAAGUGGCUUAAAAUACGUGGACAAUGGGGUUAAUUCAGACAGACUAAUUGUUCUAGUAGGAGGCCUGGGUGAUGAACACAAUGGAUUUUAUUCAAUGGAUAUAAUGGAGUUUGGGCAAGAAGAAGGGGUUAGAGUAGUUAGUCUGGGCCUGAGAUCUAUGCCAGACUACAAUUACUAUACGAUAAACAACGAUGUGGAAGAUCUUCAAGUAUUUUAUAAGGAGCUAAGAAUGAAGGAGUACGCGUAUGUUUGGUUUAUUGGGCAUUCAACUGGCUGCCAGAUCCUUAUGCUUUUUGCAUCUGCUGUGGCACUCAGAGACUCUGAGAUUAUUAUCCUGCAGGCUCCUGUGAGUGACAGGGAAUAUGAAGAAAGUAGAAAUAAUAAUCUGAAGAAGUCGCUUGGUAUUGCAAGCAAGCUCAGUGAAAUAAUGCGCUUUGAGAAUGCAAAGAAUGACCCAGACCUGGACAAGCAUCAAAUGAUACUUUAUUUACGGCAUAAUGACACACCCUUCAGGGCAGACAGGUUUCUGAGUCUUUUCCAGAAGGGAGGGACUGAGGAUUUCUUUUCCAUAGGGCAGGCAACAGAUCACAUUAAUGCAUGCAAUGCGAAGGUCUAUGCGAUACUCAGUUUAUACGAUGAAUACGUAGUCUCGCCAAUUGAUGAAAUAGAAGAACAUCUCAAAGGGAUCCGGAAUAUGCAGAAAGUGUACAGAAUAAAAGCUGACCACGGUCUGCAUGAGGGCUUUGAUGAAUUUAUAUCUGUGCUGCACGAGAUUAUUAGUCAAACGGGCAGAGAGACAGGCUUGGAAGUAUCUCCAUAA